AUGGCUUGCGCGACAAGACCCACCUUUUCUUUCCACCUCUCAAUCACUUUCCCGCAACAUUCCCACCCAAAGUCCAAACUUUUUCACUCUCUCUCACUCACAUCCCCCCCAAAACCCCACAAAUUGUCUGCAAACUCCAUUGAUGUCUCCAAGGAAGACAAACCCACUUCAGAAGAACCCACCUCGCCCCCUCCCGCCUCCUCCGUGGACCCAGUAGAGCCGGCGGAGGAACUCGAAACGAAGUUCGACAAGCGGCGGCUGGAGGAGAAGUUUGCUGUGUUGAACACUGGGGUGUACGAAUGCAGGUCUUGUGGGUACAAAUACGACGAGGCGAUGGGUGACCCGUCGUACCCGGUGCCGCCGGGAUUGCCGUUUGAUAAGUUGCCGGAGGAUUGGAGGUGUCCGACGUGCGGGGCGGCGCAGGGGUUCUUUGUGAGCAAGAGUGUGGAGAUUGCUGGGUUUGCGCAGAACCAGCAGUUUGGGCUGGGUGGGAAUACGCUCACUUCUGGGCAGAAGGCUGUGCUCAUAUUUGGGGGACUCUUCCUUUUCUUUGUGCUUUUCUUAUCCGGGUAUUUUCUGCAAUAAUCAAAGAAGUAUGCGUUUUUUUCUUUCUAAAUAGUGAAAAUGUAUAAUAAUUCAAUUUACUAGUAAAAUUAUCAGAGGUAUAGUGUCUUUUUGUUUUGUGA